CUGUGCGCGCACGACGUGCCGUGCCGUUCUGCGCCGCGCCGUGCUGUGCCGUGCAGUGCUUUACCGCUCAUCUUCUAUGCAGCCAAAGGCUUAACGGAUCGCACACAGACAGGCAGGCAGCGACAAACCUGGCUCAUUAAAAUCUCGUCUGCAGACCCUCCGCAGGUCGCGCGCAGCCACUACUACAGCUCCUCGCGGUGCUGCCGACGGACUCUGAAGCGCAUACGCGCGCGCUGAAGGUGUGGAUGAGAGGGCAGCCGCUCGGUACAAUGGACCCCAGCCAGAGCCGUUAAACGGUCCAGAGAUAUCACAGCAUCUGCGAGGGAGGCCAAACGUUGGGGAGGUUAACGGCGACAUGGCGAAAACCGGCAAGAUCUGAACUUUGAAGGAUCCGCCGUGAGGAUUAUCGUACAGCCCCAAAAUCUGACCGGCGAAACGAGGAACGGUAUCACAGUUUGCAUCAGUGUGUCUAAAAGAUAGCCAACGGUAUGGCGCGUGAUGACCGUCGUUUGGGCACCUGGCAGGUGUUGCUGACCAUCUCAAUGGUCAUCAUCCCGCUGUCUGCUCACGGGAGGCAUACACUGGCCAGGCACCAUCAUCACCACAAUCAAUCAUCUGUCAACAAGGAGGCCUUGAACACCAGGAUGGUGCUCAGUGACGACUCAGCAGAGAGGGACCACCUGAUUGGGCUCGGAGCUAAACUCCCACUUAGCUCCACUAAGCGUCACCAUUUGCAUAAACAUGCCCGCUUAGAUGUAGUAGACGAGGAUCCACCUGUUGGGGAAGAGCUCACUGCUGGAGGGGCGGGUCCAGACCAGCCCGGAAACCCCAUGUCCGAUGAUGUUAUUACCGUAGAGUUCCAUAGCCCUGCGCCGGAUAUUGUACCCUCUGACGAUGCUCUGGCUUGGGCCAAAGCACCACAACCCCAGAAACAAAAAGGAGGAGACCCCACUGCAUGGACGCUUUCUGACUUUUACGACUACCUAUCCCCUGAUGAUGACCUCUCUGCGCUAGAUUCGACCCCAGAACCUGAGCCCAGCCCCUCACCUCCGCCUGACAUGGAGGACGAGAAUCCGCUUCUGGCUGGUUCUCCUGCUGUUCCCGACAACGUGAGGCCUAAGAUGGAUAGCGGACCCUCCUUACCAGCUCCUCCCAUGCCAGGGCCGGAUAAGGGUAAAGGGUUGGGCUUUGGUGGGGCCAUGGGGGCCGACGGCUGCAGGCUGGGCUUUGUGCGCUCUGGACCUGGGGUGUGUGUGUCUGAAUGUGAUAUUGAACCCAAUUUCUGCUUCAACGGAGGGGUGUGCACCGUGGUGGCAGGAAUGGGAGCCUUUUGCAGGUGCAACGUGCAGGACUACAUCUGGAACAAAGGCACGCGCUGUGAUUGGGCCGUCACAGAAUUCCAGGUGAUGUGUGCGGUGGUGGGCGUGGCCUCCGUGGUGCUCAUCCUCCUCUUUAUGAUCAUCGUAUUCUUUGCCAAGAGGCUGCACCGCCUCAAGAAUGAGAACAAGCGCCUUCGCAAACGCAGUAAGUACCGCCCACAGAGCAGCGAACCACAGACGGACGGCCUCUCCGUUUCCACAACAGCUGACGGCUCGCAGCCAAACGUAAGGAAACUGUGUGACACUCCUCCGCCCGCUCCCCAAGCUCACACUCACAACCUGGCAUACUAUGACAACAUUAUCUGUCAGGAUGAUCCUCAGAAGCAAGAGGACCCAGCAAAGUCCCCACAACCCAAGGAAGAGGGGUCAAUGAACAUCCUCAACUCUCACUCUCCCAAACACGAGAACAACCGUCCAACCUCUGUCGUCCACGACCAGGGCCACACCCCUAACAAUGCAGAGGAGGGCGCCGAGGAUGGGGUCACUAUUGGCCUGGAAGUGCUCCUCCCCAAAGAGGCUAAGCUCCACCCAGAGACCAGCUCGCCUCUUCAGUAUGACGUCUUCCUCUACAAGGUUGCCAACAAUGGAGACUCCGCCUCUCCCAGCCAAGCCCCUCCCACUCACAGCGCCAACUCUUACUCCUCCUCUCACCCCAUGCCUAAAUCGCCCAAAUCGCCCAAGACACCCAAGACGCCCAAGUCACCCAAGUCACCGAAGGUGCCAAAGUCACCCAAAUCACCCAGACACACCAGGGACCACCCACCCGGUAACCGUGAACCAUUGUCUGUGAGGCACUCCUCACCUGGUCGUCACCCCACACCUGGUUGCCACCCCUCACCUGGCCGCCACCCAUCACCUAGUCGUCACUCUGCACCUGGUUGCUAUUCCUCCCCCACUCGCCAUCCAUCAUCCCAUCACUCUCCCUCCAUGUACAAAUACAUGCCGCCUUCCUCCACCACCCCGCCUCAGCUACGCAGGCCCAGAGGUCGGUCGCAAGCUCCCAGCUCAGAGCGCUCAGGGAGUGGGAGAGAGUACCAGAGCGGACAUCUGCGUCCAUCCCCCUCCUCCCCUCACCUCACCCAGCCUCCUCCAUCACCAUCCAGGGCGAAGUACAGCCCUGCCAGCACCCGAUCCCUGCCGCCACUCUCCUGACCUGGCCUCCGCCCAGCCUGGCAUCCAUACGCACAAGCAUCUGUCAUAAUCUAAUCUGUCCAGCGAUAUGUCCAUCAUGGCUCUAACUUUUUUUCAUAGUGAUUUAUAGAUUAUCAAUCAUCCAUCUUUGCACCCUGCCUCCUCACAUUUAUACUCAGAGGAGGUGCACAUCACCUGGUCUUGGUCCAUGGAGCCAGAAAACUAGAACUGGGACAGCUGAAUGCACCAAAACACACAUUCAACACCGCUUAGUUAUGCUGCAGCCAUUCACACUUCCGUGUAAAUAAUAACCUCUCAAAGCUCAGGUUACUGCUCACAAAAGCACAAAGUGAACCACUACAUGUGAAUUUGCUGUUAUAGCACGGUGCCAACGUCAGCAACUGCUGAGGAUAUUGUUCAUUGAGGUUUCAUAGAGGUUUACUACAUUAGCCUUAGUGUUAUCAAGUGUUUAUAUAAAUCUUUUGGUAUUCGGUGUGUACGAUUAUUUCAUGUUUUC